GCAGCCCCGGAGUCAAAGCCGGUUUCCGGCUCAGUCCUGUCCUGCAGCAGCCUGCCUCGUCUUUCCUUUCAACAUGACAGAUGCCGCUGUGUCCUUCGCCAAAGACUUCCUGGCAGGUGGAGUGGCCGCAGCCAUCUCCAAGACGGCGGUAGCGCCUAUCGAGCGGGUCAAGCUGCUGCUGCAGGUACGGCAUGCCAGCAAGCAGAUCACCGCAGAUAAGCAAUACAAGGGCAUUAUAGACUGUGUGGUCCGUAUUCCCAAGGAGCAGGGAGUCCUGUCCUUCUGGCGCAGUAACCUGGCCAAUGUCAUCAGAUACUUCCCCACCCAGGCUCUUAAUUUCGCCUUCAAAGAUAAAUACAAGCAGAUCUUCCUGGGUGGUGUGGACAAGAGGACCCAGUUUUGGCGCUACUUUGCAGGGAAUCUGGCAUCAGGCGGUGCUGCUGGGGCCACAUCCUUGUGUUUUGUGUACCCUCUUGAUUUUGCCCGUACCCGUCUAGCAGCAGAUGUGGGUAAAGCUGGAGCUGAAAGGGAAUUCCGAGGCCUCGGCGACUGCCUGGUUAAGAUCUACAAAUCUGAUGGGAUUAAGGGCCUAAGCAGCUCUUCCUCUACGAAACCACUUCCAACAACGUUCUGUGGGCAGUUUUCUAUUAUCUUUAUUCUAUACAGUAAUGAGGAGAGUCAAAAUAAUAACAGUAAAGAAGAAGAAUAUAAAUAA